AUGCAGAGGCUCCCCAAUCUCGCCCCGGCUCCCCAUAAGCCCGAACCCCCAGCACCACCACAGCCUCAACAACCUCAGACCGCACGCCCGCGGGUAGCCCGGGCCUCAUCGUCCCGCAAGUACGCGACGAACCAUGCGUAUGUGCCGUGCCGCAAGACAAAGACCAAGUGCGAUGGGAGACAACCCUGCGCGAGGUGUCAGUUCAGGAGCAAUGUCUGCACGUACGAUACCAAGGUGUUGUCAGGGGAGACGCUGAACAGACUGACCAAUGCCGUGAAUGAGUAG